AUGUCAAAACGUCUACGUAUUGGUCUUUUAGUGGUGGUUGCUCUUUAUGGAUUAUUCUCCAUCAUCAAUUACACAAACUCAAACGACCCCUCAGGAGUAUUCUCCCUCCGAUAUAAAUUCAAUAAACCUACCGAUGAAAUCAAUUUGAAAACCCAUGGCCAAACAAAUGACCUUGAAAACCCAAAUACUCCAAAUGAAUUACCAAAAGAUGCCUCGCUUAGACAACAGUUGGCGUUUCAAUUUCCUUAUGAGCCAUUGAAACCAAUGCCAAAAUACAUUUGGCAAACCUGGAAAACCGACAUCGAUGAUAAAACCUUCCCUCCUAGUUUCAAACAUUAUGUCACCGAAUGGAAAACUUCUAACCCUCAAUUCACUCACAAAUUAUUACCUGAUGCUGCCUGUCAUGAAUUGAUUCGUACUCUUUAUCAAUCAGUGCCUGAUGUGAUCAACGCCUAUGAAUUGAUGCCUCAUUCGAUCCUAAAAGCCGAUUUUUUCCGUUAUCUAAUUCUUUUUGCCAGAGGCGGAGUAUAUAGCGACGUUGACACUUUUGGUCUCAAAGGCAUUGGCAACUGGCCAAGUUUUUCCUCGAACUAUGAAUUUUUCCAAAACCACAAAAAUAUCGAACCAAAGGAUGUGGGGAUAAUGAUCGGCAUUGAGGCUGAUCCAGAUCGUCCUGAUUGGGCUGAUUGGUACGCGCGUCGUAUCCAAUUCUGCCAAUGGACCAUUCAAGCGAAAAAGGGACAUCCAUUGUUGGGUAACUUGAUCACAAAAAUCACGGAAAUCACUUUGGAUAGAGAUGAGAAUUCCACCAUCAAACUUGCCAACGGCAAAGAUGAAGGUGCAGAUAUUAUGAAUUGGACUGGCCCAGGGAUUUUCACUGACGAAAUCUUCAAUUAUUUGAAUAACAUUUCCAAUCACAAUCCAAAAAUCCAAAUAAUUAAUGACAACGUCCAAGAAAAACCACCACAAAACGGCUUGGCCGACUCGAAAUUGGAUGCCAUUGAAAACAAGAAGAAAAUUAAUUGGAAGUUGUUCACUGGUAUGGAGGAAAUGAUUGCCAUCGACGAUGUGUUGAUUUUGCCAAUCACCAGCUUUUCCCCAGGGGUGGGACAGAUGGGUUCAAAAGAUGUUGGGAAUAUCAUGGCUUUUGUCAAGCAUAUGUUCAAGGGUUCUUGGAAAAACAAUAAACAAUAA